UGGAUCUGUUUUUACUUCAUGUUUUGUUUCUGUUUAUUAGUUUAUCCGUGCAUUAAUUGAAACAGGCGCUUUUAUAAUUUAACGAAAAUAUAUAAAAUUUCAACACGUUUCACAUUUAAUAAUCUUUAUAAAACAAAAACAUGGAAGACGUGCAGCGCCACAGCGUACAUACGCUAAUAUUUCGUUCAUUAAAACGUACACACGACAUGUUCGUAUCAAAUCAGAGCUCUUUGCCCGAGAUUGACGAAAAACUUUUAAACAUACGGAAAUCCAUUAAAGCUAAAGACACCUAUGGGCUGGUGUUUGAUCGCGUCUCCAAAGUAGCUGAAGCAAAAAAAUUAGCUGCUUCUGCACCUGGUGGCGCACUAGAAGGACCUGAACGUCCACUUGCCAUCACAGAUGGUAGCUUAGUUGGAGAGCAAAAUAAUGCAACAACAGAGAAAAGUUUAUCCGGUAGCGUGGAACAGGGCAAUGGUAACACAUCGCUUGUGGCCGCAUCAGGUGCGCGCACUGGCACAACCGGCAGUAAUGUACAACUCAUACCAAAGAAGGCUCCUACUAUACCGAAACCAACAUGGCACGCGCCAUGGAAAUUGUCACGCGUUAUUUCUGGUCACUUGGGCUGGGUGCGCUGUAUAGCUGUAGAACCUGGCAAUGAAUGGUUUGCAACGGGUGCUGGUGAUCGUGUUAUAAAAAUUUGGGAUUUAGCCAGUGGUAAAUUGAAACUCUCACUCACUGGCCAUGUGAGCACAGUGCGCGGUUUAGCGGUGAGUGCAAAACAUCCCUACCUAUUCAGUUGUGGUGAAGAUCGUCAAGUCAAAUGCUGGGAUCUCGAAUAUAAUAAGGUCAUACGACAUUAUCACGGUCACUUAUCGGCUGUGUAUUCGAUGGCGCUACAUCCAACAAUCGAUGUGUUAGCCACAUGUGGGCGUGACUCCACUGCACGCAUUUGGGAUAUGCGUACAAAGGCGAACAUACACACACUCACGGGCCACACAAACACCGUUGCCAGUGUGGUUGCACAAGCUACUAAUCCGCAAAUCAUAACUGGCUCACACGAUUCCACAGUGCGUUUAUGGGAUUUGGCUGCCGGCAAAAGUGUUUGCACAUUGACGAACCACAAGAAGUCUGUGCGCAGUAUCGUGCUACAUCCAACGCUUUACAUGUUCGCAUCUGCUUCACCGGACAAUAUCAAACAGUGGCGCUGUCCCGAGGGUAAUUUUGUGCAAAAUAUUUCCGGACACAAUGCCAUUGUUAAUUGCAUGGCAGUAAAUGCGGACGGUGUGUUGGUUUCCGGUGGUGACAACGGCACAAUGUUCUUCUGGGACUGGCGUACGGGCUACAAUUUUCAACGUUUCCAAGCGCCUGUGCAGCCGGGUUCGAUGGACAGUGAAGCCGGUAUAUUUGCAAUGUGCUUUGAUCAGUCCGGUUCACGUUUGAUCACGGCUGAGGCAGAUAAAACGAUCAAAAUCUAUAAGGAAGACAAUGAGGCGAGUGAAGAGACGCAUCCGGUUAACUGGCGACCGGAGAUACUGAAACGCAGAAAAUUCUAAAUAAACUCUGCUCACCACCAUAUUGUGUAUUUGUAGUUUUGAAAUAAAAAUCCAUUUUAUAUUUAGCAAAAUGACAGCA